UCGAAGCAAAAUGAAACCGCAUUUUGGCGGUUAAAGUGUUGUUAAACAUAUUGUGAUAUUUAUUAUUUGCUUGUGUAUGUAUAAGAUAAGUAAGACAACAAUUAUUAAUUAUUAUAAAAUAAUAAUUUGUUUUUAAAAUGUUCGGAAAAGAAGCAUUAAAACUUAUAACAGAAUUGGAACUGUCUGAGGACAUUAAACCUUUCAAUGAAAAUUUAGUCCGUAAAGUUAUGGAUGAAAUGCAAUCACUUUAUGAAGCUAAUUUAGAGGAUGUAAAUACAACAGUAUCAGAUUCAGAUGAUUCAGCAUCGCGUUAUAUGUCUGUCCAACUGAGACACGCUGCUUUAAAUCGCAACAAACGUUGCCUUCUGGCGUAUGUUUACAACAGAAUGAGAAGACUCAGACAAGCUCGUUGGGAAUUCGGUAGUAUUUUACCACCAGAAAUAAGCGUCAACAUGCUGAGUUUAGAAACUCAGUGGUUCCAGGCUUAUAAUAAAUCUCUUGCUACUUAUAUGAGAUCCAUCGGAGAUAACCAGGGACUCAAUCUUACUGUCGAUAUGGUACCACCCAAAUCUUUGUACAUUGAGGUCAGGUGUCUCGUUGAUUAUGGAAAGUUUGAGCUAGAUGAUGGGCAAGUUAUCACACUGAAAGAAAAUACUCAUCAUUUAUUACCUAGGGCUCAAUGUGAGCCUCUAGUACGACAAGGAAUUUUGGAGCACGUCAAUUCAUGAUCAAACAGAAAAAAAUUUCGUCAGUUUACUUUGACAUCUCUGCGAAAUGAGUAAAGACAGUCUUAAAUUUCGGUGCCGUUGCUCUGUUCGGACAUUCAAGCCUUUGAAACUCACCAAUGUCCGGAAGAUUUUACAAAUCAACUUUAUUUUUCUGAGCAAAUCAUAAUUUCGGUGAUGAAUUUUAAAUUACUCAGUUUUUGCGGCAAUUUAAAAAUUAUU